CACGCGUAUUGCACAAGCAUACUUUUUUUCUCUAUCACGAUCAUUAAGUCCAAGAGAAGAACAAAACCCAGAUAAUCUUCACCCGCGCUGUUGUAGGUCUUCUUCUUCAAGGGCGCUUUGGGUUGGGCUGUCCAACGGCCAGGUGCCAGUCUUUGCGUGAAAUUUUUCCUUGACUUUCUCUCCUUCUUUUUUUGUUCUCAGCUACCUACAGAUUUGCGACCAAGCCACGUAGCAAAGGGAAUAAGGAUCUGGAACGUACGCCAUGAUAUAAUAUCUUCUUCGACGAUUCUCGCGCAGGCAGACAUAAUGUGCGCGAUGCGGCAGAAGCUGCCAGGCAGCUUAUCGGCCGUCUUAGGACGCUCGGUGGCUCUGAGCUCGGGACUGAGAACUGGCACCGGCUUCGAUUUCCUCGGCUACAAAUCAGGCUUUCCACCAUGUUGUCGAAGGUACAUUCAUCAGUCUCAAACAAACAGUAAAAAAGCCAAGUCCCCGGCUCGGUCAAUUGUAGUUACCAAGACGAAAGAUCUCCCACCGGCACUCAAGCACCGCGCUGGGAAACCCAAGUCAAGUUCCAAUCCAGAGGAACCAGCCAAGAAUGAGAAGCAGGAUAAGCGGGAGCCCCUGCCGGAGCUAUUCCGGAAGUACCGCUACCCAUUUGUCGGCUCCAUUGUCGCAGGCAGCCUCUUCAUGGCAUAUGCGUCGUACCUCAUCACCGCCUUUGUCCAGACCUCGUCGUCUGCGGCAUGCUGCGGCGCGCAUCCCAACCCGGACGCCGCCGCGCAGGACGACUACGAUGAGACGCUGCGCCAGACCGAGCCCGCGCAGCCAACCGGCCUGCCGCCAACUAUAUCUCGCGCCACGGCCUCAGAGUUCGACACGGGGCUCGACUGGCCCGAGUGGCUGAUGGGCGUGACCAAGAUCCGCCAGAGUCUGGCCGCCGAGUGCAGGGGCGACGUGCUUGAGGUCGCCGUUGGCACCGGCAGAAAUUUUAAAUACUACGACUGGGAUGACAUCGCCGACGUGGAGCCCAACCUGCGUGUCGUCCGCCGCCUCGAGAAGCGGCGCGACAUGAAGCUGGCAAGGGAUCAGGAGGUCGAGAUGACGAGCUACACGGGCGUCGACGUCUCUGCUGACGUGCUCGAGAUCGCGCGCACCAGAAUCCGGACGCUGGUGCCCGGGAUGAAGACCCUGCUGCGCAAGGGCCGGACCAAGGAGGAGGAGGAGGCCGGCAACGCACAGUUUAGGGAGGCCGGGUUCGAGGAGUUUCUCAACCUGCAGGGCGACAAGCUACGUCUUGUUCGUGCCGACGUGCACAACGGUCUACCUCUGCCCCCUUCGCUUUCCGUAAACUCAGAGGCGUCGGGACCUCCCCCAACAGAAGAACCUACCCGCUACGACGUGAUUGUGCAAACCUUUGGCCUGUGUUCUGUCUCAUCCCCGAAGCGCCUCCUUGCCAACAUGGCCGACGUGCUCAAGCCCCAGACAGGUCGCAUGCUACUCCUAGAACACGGCCGUGGUAACUGGGGUUUUGUCAACAAUGUCCUCGACAAGCUGGCCCCGACCCACUUUCAGCGCUUUGGAUGCUGGUGGAACCGGGACAUUGAGCGCAUCGUGCGCGACGCCGCCAGCGAGGUGCCCGGGCUCGAAGUGGUCAGCAUCAAGCGGCCCGGCGUGCUGCAAGCAGGGACCACACUACUCAUCGAGCUCAGGGUGAGGAGCGACGAGACCAAAGACGGCGCCGCUGCUGCUGUUUCCAAGCCGACGUGAUGUUGGGGCCGUUAGUGUACUCUAUCCUGUAUCACGUUAUAUGUAUGUAUACUAUUUGUUGUCACGCAGUAGAUCAAUAUAAGACUCAUAAUUUCUCGCA